AUGGCUGGCAGCAUGGCUCCGCUGGGUGUGAAGAAGGAGAGGGCGGCGGAGUACAAGGGCCACAUGACGUUCGCCGUCGCCAUGGCGUGCAUCGUCGCCGCCAUCGGGGGUUCCAUCUUCGGCUACGACAUCGGGAUCUCCGACUCCUAUGAGAUGGAUCCGACAAAUGGAGUGAACACCAUGGACCCGUUCCUCGAGAGGUUCUUCCCGGCGGUGUUCCGGCGAAAGAACUUGGUGACCCUGAAUAACUACUGCAAGUACGACAACCAGGCCCUCUCCGCCUUCACCUCCAUCCUCUACCUCUCCGGCCAAGUCUCUACGCUUGCAGCCGCACCGGUGACAAGGAACUAUGGCCGUCGCGCCAGUAUUAUCUGCGGCGGCAUCAGCUUCCUCAUCGGCGCAGCCCUAAACGCCGCGGCUGCGGACCUCACGACGUUGAUCCUCGGCCGCGUCAUGCUUGGCGUCGGCAUCGGUUUCGGUAAUCAGGCUGUGCCGCUGUACUUGUCGGAGAUGGCGCCGGCGCACCUCCGCGGCGGGCUGAACAUGAUGUUUCAGCUCGCGACGACGCUUGGCAUCUUCUCGGCGAACAUGAUCAACUACGGCACGCAGAAAAUCAAGCCGUGGGGGUGGCGACUCUCGCUCGGCCUCGUGGCAGCACCGGCGCUGUUGAUGACGGUGGGCGGGUUCCUCCUCCCGGAGACGCCGAAUAGCCUCAUCGAGCGCGGGCACGAUGAGGAGGGCCGGCGCGUGCUGGAGCUGAUCCGUGGCACCACGGACGUCGACGCUGAGUUCACGGACAUGGCGGAGGCGAGUGAACUGGCCAACACCAUCAAGCAUCCGUUCCGGAACAUCCUCGAGCGGCGCAACCGGCCGCAGCUGGUGAUGGCCGUGUGCAUGCCGGCGUUUCAGAUCCUGACGGGCAUCAACUCUAUCCUGUUCUACGCGCCGGUGUUGUUCCAGAGCAUGGGCUUCGGCGCCAGCUGGUCCCUCUACUCGUCCAUGCUCACCGGCGCCGUACUCUUGUUCUCCACGCUCAUUUCAAUCGCCACCGUCGACCGCCUCGGUAGGAGGAAGCUCCUCAUCAGCGGCGGCAUCCUAAUGAUCAUCUGCCAGGUGAUCGUGGCGGCGAUACUGGGGGUGGAGUUCGGCUCAGACAAGCAUCUAUCGCGGGGCUGCUCGACCGCGGUGGUCUUCGUGAUCUGCCUCUUCAUGCUCGCGUUCGGGUGGUCGUGGGGUCCGCUAGGGUGGACGGUACCGAGCGAGAUCUUUCCGCUGGAGACGCGCUCGGCGGGGCAGAGCAUCACGGUGGCCGUCAACCUCUUCUUCACCUUCGUCAUCGCGCAGGCGUUCCUGUCGCUGCUAUGCGUCUUCAAGUACGCCAUCUUCAUCUUCUUCGCCGGCUGGAUCGCCGUCAUGACCGCCUUCGUCUAUGUCUUCCUGCCGGAGACCAAGGGCGUGCCGAUUGAGGAGAUGGUGCUGCUCUGGAGCAAGCAUAGAUUCUGGAAGAACAUCAUGCCGGCAAUGCCGACGAUGCCGCUCGAGGACGGCUGGGGACCCGGUGACGGCCGUGGGGAUAGUGCUCUUGCAGGAGCUGAUUGCAACGUUCACAAGUGA